AUUACAAUUCUUAUGCUUGAGUAGUUCAAGGAGACCUGCAAAAUAUUUUCAUCAUUAGACGUUAAAGUUUAUUAAAGUGUAUCAAAUGUUCUUCAUGAAUACUUUGUGCAUGGGAGUUAGAAUGAAAGAAAGAUUCGCUCUUUUAUAAACUUUUUCAUCUUUUGGAAUCAUUGUUUGAGCGCUUGAGGUAAUGGAAAUUUCUUGGGUGUCAUUGAGAUGUUACAAGAGUUUGAUCCAAUUAUUCGAGAGCAUGUGCGACGAAUCACAAAUGAUGAGCUUCAUGUGCAUUAUCUCGGGCACAAGAUACUGAAUGAACUCAUACUUGAUUUAGCCCAAGAGAUUAAGAAGGAAAUCAUCAAGAAGAUAAAGGAAGCCAAGUACUACUCAAUCAUACUUGAUUGUACCCCUGAUACAAGUCACCAAGAACAGAUGAGUAUGAUAGUGAUGUAUUUAAACUUCUCAGGUAAUUCUAUUACUGUGGAAGAGUUCUUUUUAAGCUUCUUGAAUGUUAAUGAUACCACAGGAAAAGGACUAUUUGAUGUCACAAUUGAGGAGUUAAAGUCUCUUGAUCUUGAAAUUGAUGAUAAUCGUGGUCAAGGUUUUGAUAAUGGGGCAAAUAUGAAAGGAAAACAUCAAGGAGUUCAAAAAAGAUUUUUGGAUGUCAACCCUAGAGCAUUUUACACUCCUUGUGGUUGUCAUUCUCUUAAUCUUACAUUAUGUUGGAGUCUUAAGCCAUUAUCUCAAACUUGUUGGGAAAGUCGUGUUGAGAGUAUUAAGGCAAUUAGAAUGCAACUUGCCGAUGUAAAUAUAGUGAGCAAGAAGUUACAAUCAAAUGAUAUGCAUCUUGAUAUUGCUAUUAAAGAGAUAAAUGGAUUGAUUGACUACUUCAAGGGUUAUAGAGAAGCUGGUUAUUCAAAAGCAAUUGAUGAAGCAAAGGAGAUAGCUUCUGAAAUGGAUAUACCUCCGAUAUUUCCAGAAAAGCGUUUGAUUCGAAGGAAAAAAAGAGUUGAUGAGAGUUCAAGCAGCGAAGAAGUUUCAUUUACAAAUGAAGAGAAUUUUAGGGUCAAUUUCUUCUCUUAUGUUGUGGAUAAAGCCAUAUCUUCUCUUGAGAUGAGAUUUGAACAAUUCAAAGACUAUGAGAGAUUAUUUGGGUUUUUGUUUCCACAUAAGCUGAGUGGAAUUGAAGAAAAAGAGCUAAAGUUGUUUUGCCAUCAACUUGAAAAUGCACUCAAGUUUGAAGAAAGAUCAGAUAUUGAUGCCGAAGAGCUUUACAUGGAGUUGAAACCAUUCAACACAUUACAAACAAGUGAAUUUAGCAAUCCCAUAGAUGUUUUGAAGUAUUUAAAAGAACUUGGUUGUUACCAGAAUGCCUGCAUUGCAUAUAGAAUUUUGUUUACUGUUCCAGUAACGGUGGUAUCUGCAUAGAGAAGUUUUUCCAAGUUGAAGCUCUUGAAAUCUUACUUACAGUCUAUAAUGUCCCAAGAUAGACUUAGUGGAUUGGCGGUAAUAGCUAUCGAGAAUGAAAUCUUAGAGAGCAUAGACUGUGAAGAUGUGAUCAACCAAUUUGCUCUCAAGAAUGCAAGGAGAACUUCUCGAAUCCUCGGCUAGCUUUUACGGUAUGUAAUUAUAAUACUUUAAUUUUGUCAUUUAUUUUUUCCUUUUAAUAAUAUUGCGUUAAUUAU